CGGCCGCGGCCCCGCCCGCAGCCGGCGCGGCGCAGGCGCAGCUCGGGCCGGGCGCUGCCGUAAAGCGGCGCGGCGGCGGUCCCGGGAGCGGCGGUAACAAAACCCAAACAAACCAAACAGAUCACACAAGGACAGAGUUCACUGAAAUGUGAGAAUGGCCAAUUCUUUAAGAGGUGAAGUGAUAAAACUGUACAAAAAUCUGCUGUACCUUGGAAGGGAGUAUCCCAAAGGAGCAGACUACUUCAGAAGACGUUUGAAAGCAGCUUUUCUGAAAAACAAAGAUGAGACAGACCCUGAAAAAAUUAAGCAGCUGAUUGCCCGGGGAGAGUUUGUUAUAAAGGAGCUGGAGGCUUUGUACUUCCUGAGGAAAUACCGAGCCAUGAAGAAGCGCUACUAUAGCGACGACAAGCCCUGACUGUGCCGCCUGUAACCACACACACCCAGUAAAGGCAUUGCUAGUUCAAGAACCAACAGUCAAAGAAUACUGGCACUUUAAGAGGAAUGAAGUUUCCACUGUCAUUUAAAACAAGCAUUCAGGUAAAGCUAACAGGAUCAUGAAGCAGAAAGUAAAGUAAUGCUAAAACAAAUGCUAAUAAUUUAGUGUAAUGUACAAAAUUACUUCAGUACUUCUUAAGAAUAAGGAUAAAUUGUAUUUACAUAAUUA